AUGCGGCCAACCAUAGUCGCUUGUGUGCCCAAGUUCUUCAGAUGGCUCUCGGAGCGCUAUCCGUCCAUCUCGCAGCUCAUUGCUGAGAACCGUAUACCCGAGUUUGACUGCCUUUACCUGGAUAUGAAUGGAAUCAUCCACAACUGCACCCACAAAGAUGCCGGAGAAGACACGACGUUCCGCCUGAGCGAGGAGGAGAUGUUUAUCCGUAUUUUCAACUAUAUUGAGCAUCUGUUUGGAAAGAUCAAGCCGAGGCAGCUGUUCUUCAUGGCCAUUGACGGAGUCGCCCCUCGCGCUAAGAUGAACCAGCAGCGCUCUCGGCGAUUCCGUACCGCUCUCGACGCCGAGAAUGCCCGUGAAAAGGCCAUCCGUGAAGGUGUCGAGAUGCCCAAGGAGGAGCCUUUCGACAGCAACUGCAUCACUCCUGGAACUGCCUUCAUGGCUAAGCUCUCGCAACAGCUUCGCUACUUUGUCAACAAAAAGGUCUCCGAAGACACCGACUGGCAGGGAUGUGAGGUUGUUCUUUCCGGUCACGAGGUUCCCGGUGAGGGAGAGCACAAGAUCAUGGAGUACAUCCGCAACGCCAAGUCGCAACCUGGCUACCACCCCAAUGUGCGACACUGUCUCUACGGCCUCGACGCCGACCUCAUCAUGUUGGGCCUCCUCAGUCACGAUCCUCACUUCUGUCUUCUGCGUGAAGAGGUCACGUUUGGCCGUGCUUCCAAAUCCCAAAACAAGGAGCUCGAGCACCAGAACUUCUACCUCAUGCAUCUCUGCAUAGUAAGAGAGUAUCUGGCCAUGGAGUUUCAGGGUAUUGAGAACCUCAAGUUCCCAUUCAACCUGGAGAGUGUUAUCGAUGACUUCAUCCUGAUGGCCUUCUUUGUUGGAAAUGAUUUCCUCCCCAACCUUCCCGGGCUGCACAUUAACGAGGGCGCCCUGGCAAACAUGUUUGGGAUAUAUAAGAAGGUUCUGCCGCACUGCGACGGCUACCUCAAUGAGAAUGGUGUCAUCAACAUCCCCAGGCUCAAGCUCCUCCUUGAGGAACUCAGUAAGCUUGAGCUCAUAUCAUUCGAGAAAGACGUCGCGGACGAAAAGUGGUUCGCUGCCAAGCAGAUUGAGGACCGACAGCUCGACGGCAGGAACGGCGCCGCCAGCAAGAAGACGACCAAGGCUGGCCAGAUGGUCAUCACCUCUUCGCAGAGGGAUCUCUGGAAGCAGAAGAUCCGUCCCUACGUCUCAAAACGGUCUGAUCAGCCCCUCGAUCUGGGUGCGGACCUCAAGGCCGAGGACCGGAAAUUUGCCCAGGCCGUUGCCGACUCGAUGCACAUCGAGUGGGCAACAGAGGAGGACGAUGACGGUCGCCGACACCUCGUCAUCAAAUUCCCCCCAAAGGCCGAUGGCGACGACGACGACGGCGACGACGACGGCGAUGAGGAGGAGGGCAACAUUGCCGCGUACAGAGUCAUCAGGACAUACGACAAUGCCAAGGUCAUGAACAUGACCCCCGAAGAGGCCCAGAAGAACUACGAGAAGCUAUACCAGGAAAAGUACCAGGGGUGGAAAACCAAGUACUACCUGCAAAAGUUUGAGGAAUGGGCCCCGGACAGAUACGGCCAGGAGAUGAUUGAUCUUGCCGAGAACUAUGGUCUCAACGCCAAUCUCAACUUCAAAAAGGGCCAGCCGUUCAAGCCCUACCAGCAGCUCAUGGGUGUCCUCCCUGACCGAAGCAAGAAGAUUGUCCCGACGGUGUAUCACGACCUCAUGACCAAUCCCGACUCGCCCAUCAUCGAUUUUUACCCCCGUGACUUCGAGCUGGACAUGAACGGAAAGAAGAUGGAGUGGGAGGCUGUCGUCAAGAUUCCCUUUAUCGAUGAGAAGCGCCUGCUAGACGCCAUGGCGACCAAGGACGACCAGCUCAGUGACGACGAGAAGUCUCGCAACGGGUUCGGCGUGCCCCUCAAAUUCACGUACUCGGCGGACGUCAACUUCACCUACCCGUCGUCGCUGCCGGGUGUGUUCCCCGACAUCCACUCGUGCCGGUGCGUCGAGAAUAUUUUCGAUCUGCCCGACAUGGAAGGCCUAGAGUAUGUCUCUGGUCUGACCAACGGUGCCAUGGUCAAUACCAAGGCAUUGGCCGGUUUCCCGACGCUCUUCCACCUCCCCCACGAUGCCCAGCUGGUCGCGCACCACGGCGUGAUGGUGUUCCAGCAGGAGAGCAGGAACCCCAGCAUCAUCGUCACCCUCACCGAGACGGAUAAGCGGACCAAGGUGGAGACCUGGAAGGCUAAGCUGGGUCAGCGCUGCUUCGUCGGCUACCCGUUCCUACAGGAGGCCAAGGUCAUGAAGGUCCAGGACGAGCUCUUCAGCUACGAACUGGCUGAGAAUGGCAAGGACAUCGCCACCAAGGACCACAACAACCGGGAAGCUGCCGAAUACGCCAAGGAGGCUGAGUUCCUCGAGAGCUGGCACUCCAAGCGCCUCGGCAUCGUCAUUGGUCAGGUGGAGUGCCUGGUGUACGUGCACAUGCUCAAGGGUCUCAUCAGGACGGACGAAGGCGCCCUGAUCAAGGAGUACGCCGAGAACCCGAGCCUGAGGAAGACGUAUGCUUCGCAGACGAUCGUGGACACUGUCUUCAACGAGGACGAGCGGUUCAUCGAGAAGGCGGCCCUCCCGAUUGAGGAGGACUUCCCCGUCGGCACACGGGCCUUCUUCCUGGGCGACUACGCCUACGGACGACCACUCGAGAUAACGGGGCAUGUCGGGCACAAGGCCGAGAUCAUGGUCUCGCAGCUCAAGAACAAAGAGCCCGACUUCGCCAGGUCCAUCAUCCACACGGCCGAGAGGAACAACCCCAAAAUCACCUCGUCGUACCAGGUGCACAGCUCGGGUGGGCUGAAGCUCAACCUGGGCCUGAACCUCAAGUUUGACGGCCGCAAGAUGAAGGUGCUGGGGUACUCGCGCAAGUCGCACACGGGCUGGGAGUUCAGCAACCAGGCCAUCAAGCUGAUUGCCGACUACAUGGUGGCGUUCCCCGACUUCUUCGCGGCCAUCCAGCGAGAGCCGCAGAGGAGCGACGUGUCGGACACGGACCUGUGGCCCGACAAGACGGUGGCGGCGCAGCGUGUCAAGGACAUUGCCGCCUGGCUCAAGAAGCAGGAGACGGGCAAGUUUGAAAAGGUGCCCCUCGAGGCGGAGCAGCUGGAUUCGGACGUGGUCAUGUCGCUGGCGCGCGUGGGCGAGCAAGCGUUCCAGGCGUCGCAGGAGUUUGAGAUCAAGAAGCUGCGAGGAGUGCCACGCACGGCACUCCUCAAGCCCGCCGACGCCGAGCUCGUCCUCAGCAACCAGAACUUUGGCCUGGGCGACCGCGUCACGUUUGUGGCCGGCUCGGGCAAGGUUCCGAUCGCGACGAGGGGUACCGUGGUCGGCAUCAGCCGCACGGCCACGGCGCUCCUCCUCGACGUCGUGUGGGACACGUCGUUCAUGAGCGGCACGACGCUCAACGACCGCGCGCCCAUGUUCCGCGGCCAGACGGUGGCGGCCUCGUCGGUCCUCAACACGAGCGACAGGCAGGUCAUCACCGCGUCGAGUCAGUCGCAGCGCCGAGCGCCGAAGGCCGCUGCCGGGUCCAAGGGUCCCUACGGCUCCGUCGGUGCAGCGCAGUACAAGGACGCCCCCGCCCCUGCGCCCCUGCGAAACGGUUGGCGCGGCGCCAUCAACGGCCAGGCCAACGGCCAGACCAACAGCAAUGGCAGCGCCCGCGCUGGCGGCCGCGGCGGGCGUGGCGGAGGCGGUCCCAACCUGAUGCACAGCACGUUGGUGUACCGCGGCGGACCGGACCAGGCUCAGCAGCACCAGCAGCACCAGCAGCACCAGCAGCCCAACGGUGGGCGUGGUGGUCGCGGCGGUGCUCAACGUGGAGGCCGCGGCGGUGCAGUCCAGCACCAGAGCGGUCCCGCCGAGGGCGGCGCCCAAGGGUACAACAGCGUGCCUCCUCCUGCUAGCCUGGAUGCCCGCGGAGGGAGGGGACGUGGUGGUGGCCGCGGUGGUGGUCGUGGAGGCAGGGGUCGGGGCGGUGGUCGUGGAAAGGGCCAGGGCCAGGGCCGGGGUCAGGGUCAGGCAGCUCAGUGA